CCUGCGAACGCUAAGGAGGUGGAUGACUAUGAACUUGCGGUUCCGUCUUUUGCUGAUGUUUUGUGUGUGGCAGAUGAUGGAGAAGCCGGUUGUCUCAGAUUUCGUUUGAUCAGAUCUGUCGCGCGCCCAAUGUCCCGCCAGCAAGAACGACGCGCGGCAACAGGAUUCUUCUGCGAACAAGCCUUUACUGUGUUACAGCUCUCUUAGUGUUACAGCUCUCUUGAACAGGGACCCCGAGCAGCAAAAUCGCUCGACUUAUAUAGACAACAGUAUGCUAAUUAUCUCUCAGGGAUUGGUGGGGCUUGGAUCACCUCACUAUUUGUCCUCCAGUGAUUGGCGGAGAAUGAAUCACCUCAUUAGCAUAUUAACGGUCAACUGACACCUGGUGCAAAAACCGCACAUGUGCAGUACCAUUGUUCACCACUAGAGGGAGCCCUAGCAAGGGGACAAGCCUGCACAUGCGCAGUAAGUCGUUUAUAUCCAGACAAGGCUGGAUGUCGGCGCCAUCUUUGUUUCGCCGAGCCGCUCUCUACAACAGAUCAUCAUCCCUCACCCUUCCACCCAACUCUUCCCCUGUCCUCUUUACAUGCUUUCCAAUUUCACAUUGUCGUGUGUGUUGUGUGAGUGUAUGAGUGUGUGUUGAGUUUGUGUAUGUGUGAGUGUGUAUAUAUGUGUUGCCCGCAUGUACUUGGCAAAGGCUGUGGUUUAGGACUUAGUACAUUGCUUCUCUCUUGGCUCUCCCAAGUUUCCAUUGAGAAGUCAGCUGGUCUUCUAAUGGGUUUGCUUUUGCAUGAGUUGUGACUUCUUUCUUGAGGGUUUCACAUCCUUUCUGCUUUCUGAAUGUUUAGUGCUUGGAUUAUAACACCUCAUGGAAAAUUCCUUUUUGUCCAGUGGGGCUCUGCGUGCCUCUUGGCUCUGAGUGGGGGGUCUUCUUACUUAGUUACAGGGGAGUCUCUUCUGUUUUAGUGAAUGCCUGAUCUGUGCCUUUGGGCUGAAAUUGUUUUUGUCUCAUGAUUCACAGCUUUUCUCCUUUUGGGGUGUCCCAGACUUCCUGUGUAUUUUUUCUUUAAUUUACCCUUUUCUUUGAUCAUGCGGUCCGUUCUUCUCUCUUUUCCUCGGUUCCCGAUUCUCUGUUUUCUACCACAUCCGUGUUGUUGGCUUUCCACCGCGUCUUUUGAGUGAGUGGUUGGGGUUUUCAUUUCUGUCCUUAUUUGUGUUUGUGUUCUCGUCAGUAUUUCACUCCAUUGAAUUCUUUUUCGUGUCCUGCAUUGUUCUCCUUAUUCCACUUGUGUUCUCGGACUUCAGUCAGGACUCUAGUUCUCUUUAACUGCAUUCAGGCCUUUGUUUCCUUUUAAAACUCUUUGAACUCUUAAACUCUUUGUCUUGAGACUCAUUUGAGCUAUUUGUGCUGAGGAAUGUUGCUAUAGGUUGGUGAUAUCUUUGGGGGGCCAUGUUGUUUUGAUUUUCCAUAUUGCUUAUGUCUUUGCAGUGGGGUCUUGGCUUCUGGGGUAGGUUGUGAAACUGGUGGAAGUUUGUCGUCCCCCUGUGUCGAGUGGGUGUUCGGGGCUGUUUUCUCUCUUACCAUUUUUGGACUGGCUUCAGACCAGGGAGGGAGUCCUGGAAUUGCUCAUCAAGGCUGAGUGUGAGGGAUUGGGCAAGGUGUCAGCAGAGCCCUUGGCUGCUUUGUGCCUACUUAAACCUAGUACCCGGUCUAGGAGGCUGUGGGUUAUCAAAUGGGUAUCGUGGUCAUAUUGAUUUUGCUUUCUGUAUUAUAAAUAAAGCAUUUAAAAAUAAAUAUUAGAUAUAUAUAUAUAUCCAGCUCUUUAUCAUGGUUUCCACCUGUGCUUUGUGUCCAUGUUCGAAAAAUACGGGUUCUACCCUGUGAAAUCAAAUAGAGAGAAAAUACUCAGGGAGAAAAGUCCCGAAAUUACCCAGAAACAAAAGCGCGAACUUGUAUUUCAGAUAUUAUGCCAGAUCUACAAAAAUGAAAGUGACAAAGGUUCUGUCCUGAAUGUCUUCACUACUUUAGAGAUGACUCAAAGUGAGCGAAGGAUGUGCAUAGGUUAAAGGUUUAUAAGGAACUGGAGCAGCUUUGGCUUUUGGUGUCUGCAGGGUUUCUGAAACAAAUCACUUCACGAAUGCUGAAGUGGACUGUGUUUCAAAUUUUGGAUGUAUUUAUACCCCUAGCAAGGUGCUGAUUUAUAUGUUAGAAUAUUUAAAUGGAAACUUUUAGCAUCAGGAAUGCCAAUUAGUCAAAGAUUCUAGCUAAAUUUAUUAUGUAUCAAACCGUUUUAUUUUCAGACAUUUAGAAGAUAUAAACUGAUCCUAAUAUAGACCCAAAUGCAAGGCCCUUCAGAACCUUAUGUAGAAUUUCUGAGUAAACUUACAGCACUAAAAGUUAGUAGGUAAACAACUAGAAGGUAGGCCUUUUUGACCUACAAUUUGAGGAAAGGUUUACUUCCUCAUUUCCUUGCUGCAUAUUGGAUGUUUUCUAUACAUGAAGAUAAAAGUAAUGAUACGAGGCUCUCCUUCUUGGUGAGGCUAGAGGCCAUCCCAGAGGAAAGAGAUACUUUUGGUUUUAUUUACCUUGGUAAAUCCAGAGCCUUGUACAUGCUAGACACUCUAUACUGGGCUACGUCCCUAGCCCGUGUUCACUGAUUGGUCUGUUAUAUGUAUACUCUCUGUAUGUGUGUGUAUAUAUAUGUAUAUAUGUAUAUAUGUGUGUGUACAUAUAUAUAUACACACACACAUAUAUAUAUUCAUAUAUAUAUAUUCACACACACAUAUAUAUAUUUAUAUAUAUAUAUACACACAUAUAUAUAUUCAUAUAUAUACAUAUACACACACACAUAUAUAUUCAUAUAUAUAUAUACCCACUCUGUGGUAGGGAGGAGUGUGUGCCCCCAGUGCAGGUGCUAAGGAUUCGGGAGCUGCCGUUUAGCCAGCUGACUUGGAUUCUGGGAGCUAACCUGAGUUUAUGAGAACCAGUCAGAACAAACGGAAAACUUAGCAGCUUCCUAAGAGCAGUGUGACGGCCUGCAGACAGGCUGGCCCUCUAACUCAGAGAUCUGCCCGCCUCUGCCUCGAGGGCCGGCAUUAAAGCCACCACAGUGCUGUGCUGGGAUUUUCUUUCUCAAGUUGAAAAUUUUCCUCCCUUUAUAUUUCUUUCCUCUUACCCACAGACACAGUCUAUGGAAAAAGGCGGAAGGGAAAGCUGCUCUCUUCCAUCCUUCAAAACUACCUUGGGACCUGUCGUCCCCUGCUCUAAGUCAGAACAGAACAGUGGCCGAUGACCUUCCUGUAAGCGAAGCUGCCAUUAAAAAGAUAGCCGCCCUUGAAGAUGAGCUGACUUCUCUCCGGGCUCAGAUCGCGGCCAUUGUGGCCAUGCAGGACCUGGGAGGGGGUGGGGAGACUGGCUUCAUCAGCUUGAGCGAUGGACCCAGCAUGGAGCAGGUGCCACCAUCAUCAGCGACCGCUCGGCUGAGUGUGGAACCAGACCAUGUUCCAAGUGUGGUGCUUUCUCCUCCUCCCCUUCCUCCUCCUCCUCCCCCACUUCCUCCUCCUCAGUUUUCUCUGCAGCCUCCCAGUUCUCUUCCCGUGCCACCCGGAUCUGCGAAUACACGUGGCAUAGAUAAUCUGGCUGCUGAAAUGAAAAAGCGCCCUUCUGGUGUUAAGAAGACUGACGGCAGCCAUCAUUCAGAAAGCCAGAGAGUAAGUGACGUUCCGAACAUGUUGGAUGUUCUGAAGGACAUGAAUAAGGUCAAACUUCGGCCAGUGGAAAGGUCACCGGGUGGUAGACCCAUUCAGAAGAGGAGAAGACAGAGUUCACAAUGGGAUCCAGUGUCUCUAAUUUCUAAUGCACUGAAACAGAAGUUUGCCUUUCAAGAUGAUUCCUUUGAUAGUGAAAAUAGGUCUUGGCAAGGUUCUCCAUUUUCUAGUCCAGAAACUUCCAGAAAUGGUUCCAGGUUUUGACGUCACAUUACUCCACCAGAGAGUCAGCGAGUGACCUAAGGGAAGGACCGAUGAUAUAAAAGCCGUAAUCCAGGGUAUCAGAAGCAAAAGCUGGACUACACUUGGAAGGACAGAUCAGGCUUGCCCUGUGGUAUCCUUCACUGCCUGUCAGGGAAUUACCACCUCUGUUAGGGUCAUCAGGCUGUACUCUGGGACCAGUAUCCGCCCAGCCCGAGGAAGACAUCUGUGAACACUGUCUCUGCUUUUGGAAGAUGUGGCAUUUGACUGACUACUGAAAAGAGUUGGGUGUAGAUUCCCCAUAUGAGUGCUACUGAAAUACGUGGUUCCGUGAUGUUCCUAAAACUAUGGCUUCCUACGGAGGCUCCUUUCAGUCUUGUGAGUUGCUGUGAUACAGUUUACGUGGCUUUCAGUAACUUGUAGAUUUCUUAGUGAGCAGAAGAUGAUGAUUUUCAUUAAGAUAGAGUUUUAGUCACAUAGGGCUGAACUUCCUAGAACUUCCUGCAGUAGUAAAUUAUUUGAUCGUAAAGUACUACACGUAGAAGUAGACCCUUGAUAGAUUUCCUGCACACUGGCUUUGCACACGCAGAUGGCUUUGGUGUGUUCCCUUUGUUCUCUGUUAUGUUUAUAACCUGUAUAUAUGUAUAUUCUUUUGUAAGUAGAUUUUAUAAUAAAUGGAUCUUUUGAACUUG